UCCUGCAAGAUCUACACAUGUACCCCAGAACUUAAAGUAUAAUAAUAAAAAAAAAAUCAUCGUUUCCUAACUUUAAAAAUCCAGACAUUUCCCCCAUAUUUUAAUUCUCCCUUGUGGAACUAGAAUAGUGACUGCUGUUUUGGGUGUGAUCCCAUGGAGGUUUAGGGCAAAUCCCCAUUCCACAUGUGUCUGUAGCUUAUUUUCUUUUAUUGACACAGAUUGUGCCCUCAAUGCCAGCCAGCUCUUUGACAAAUUUAGUCACAAGGAUCACCUGGCAACAGCUAUUAACUUAAUUAAAAAAUUCAAAAACACUCUUAGGAAAAGGCAGAGUACCUAGAUAAAGAAUAAAUAAAUACUCAUAAAUAAGAUAUUUUACUUGAUAAUUAAAGUGUUCCAGUGAUUAGGGACUGGUUAUUUUAUCAAAAAUUAAUCCCUACACAUUUUUUCCUUCCUUUUUAACUUGCUGAGAUUGACUUCAUUAUGUUCCACAUUCAAAAAAAUAUAUAAAAUUUAGACAAACAUAUAUUCUGAUUUUAUUACAGAUGAAGGUCUAACUAAAAUUUCAAGUAUUGGUCAGUAACUGAUGGACCCAAAUUGUCAUCUCAGAAUCUUCCUGGCAUAUUCUGUUUUCCUUGUCAAUUCUUGCGAUGGUGGUAUACCUAAUUGACUGCUAAUGCAGGCCCUGUUAAGAUGAAGUUUUAGUUUAGCUUUUAACAGCUUUAAGCAGAAGCUGUAAAAGAGACUUUUGAUUUAGAUGAAAUAGAAUUAAUUACCUUUCAAGCCUCUAACAAAAAAUAUUGUAAUUAAACAAUGCUAAAAAUAAUUUCAUGAGUUUACCUCUUCCCAGGCAAACAUGUACUGAGGCCCUGCCAUCUGUUAGACAGGGACCUUCCUCAAAGGCUUGCCUUUUUUCUGGAGAAGACACUUCCCAGGAGAUGGAAGGUCUUUGAGGAAGGGCCUUUGUAUACACACUUGUGUGUACAAAGUAUUACAGCAUUGGAAUGACUCCCGUAAGUGAUCACCUGCUAUGGGAGUGCAGAACUAGAGGCACUUAACAUAGCUGAAGUUGGUCAAACCAUUAAAGAAAUGUAGAAAUUCAAGGAGUGAAUCUUCCAGGCCGUAGGAGCAACAGGUUCAAAAGCCCUGAGGUGGGAAUUGUCUUGGAAUUGAAAGCACUGCUCAUUUUCGGGUGGUGUGGCAUGGCUGACAGGUAGGGAAUGUGUGUAGCCAGGGUGCUGGAGAAGGCUGGAGGAGCAGGCAGGAGCGAGAGCAUCAGGGUCUUGUACAUCACACUGCCAAAGGGUUUUGAUUUUGCUUUGGCAGUUUUGAACAAGGGAGUGAGUGGCAAUGAGGAUUUGGUGAUAAAAUUAGCUUGUGUUUCACACAGGUAACUCUGAAUGGGGUUUGAAGAAAGGCCCCAGAGGGUCUUUUAAAGUGGUGCAGAUGGGAAACAAGAUUAACGCCUCGUGAUGGCGAGUAACCCAUGUGCCACGUAGCACUCUAUGCCAACCUUGAAUGCCAACAGGAAGUCACUGGACAGCAAACUCUUUGAACAUUAUAACUUAGUUGUUGGAGCAACCUGGAAAAGAAGAAAAAAGAAAAGCCAUGGCAAAAGUACACAGAGCUCGGUCUACCUCCCCUCCAGAUGGAGGCUGGGGCUGGAUGAUUGUGGCUGGCUGUUUUCUUGUUACCAUCUGCACCCGGGCGGUCACAAGAUGUAUCUCAAUUUUUUUUGUGGAGUUCCAGACAUACUUCACUCAGGAUUAUGCACAAACGGCAUGGAUCCAUUCCAUUGUAGAUUGUGUGACCAUGCUCUGUGCUCCACUUGGGAGUGUUGUGAGUAACCAUUUAUCCUGUCAAGUGGGAAUCAUGCUAGGUGGCUUGCUUGCAUCUACUGGACUCAUCCUGGGCUCAUUUGCCACAAGUCUGAAGCAUCUCUACCUCACUCUGGGAGUUCUUACAGGUCUUGGAUUUGCACUUUGUUACUCUCCAGCUAUUGCCAUGGUUGGCAAGUACUUCAACAGACGGAAAGCCCUUGCUUAUGGGAUCGCCAUGUCAGGAAGUGGCAUUGGCACCUUCAUCCUGGCUCCUGUGGUUCAGCUCCUUAUUGAACAGUUUUCCUGGCGGGGAGCCUUACUCAUUCUUGGGGGCUUCGUCUUGAAUCUCUGUGUUUGUGGUGCCUUGAUGAGGCCGAUUACUCUUGAAGAGGACCACACAACUCCAGAGCAGAACCAUGUCUGUAGAACUCAGAAAGAAGGCUUGAAGCGGGUGUCUCUGUAUUCAUCUUUGACCAAAGAAUGGGCACAGGCUUGCCUUUGUUGCUGUUUGCAGCAGGAAUAUAGGUUUUUACUGAUGUCAGACUUUGUUGUGCUGGCCAUCUCCAUUCUGUUUAUGGCUUAUGGCUGCAGCCCUCUCUUUGUGUACUUGGUGCCUUAUGCUUUGAGUGUUGGAGUGAGUCAUCAGCAAGCUGCUUUUCUUAUGUCCAUACUUGGAGUGAUUGACAUUAUUGGCAACAUCACAUUUGGAUGGCUGACCAACAGAAGGUGUCUGAAGAAUUACCAGUAUGUUUGCUACCUCUUUGCUGUGGGAAUGGAUGGGCUCUGCUAUCUCUGCCUCCCAAUGCUUCAAAGUCUCCCUCUGCUUGUGCCUUUCUCUUGUACCUUUGGCUACUUUGAUGGUGCCUAUGUGACCUUGAUCCCAGUAGUGACUGCAGAGAUAGUGGGGACCACCUCUUUGUCAUCAGCGCUUGGUGUGGUGUACUUCCUUCACGCAGUGCCGUACUUGGUGAGCCCACCCAUUGCAGGAUGGCUGGUAGAUACCACUGGCAGCUACACUGCGGCAUUCCUCCUUUGUGGAUUUUCAAUGAUAUUUAGCUCUGUGUUGCUUGGCUUUGCUAGACUUGUAAAGAGAAUGAGAAAAACCCAGCUGCAGUUCAUUGCCAAAGAAUCUGAUCCCAAGCUGCAGCUAUGGACCAAUGGAGCAGUGGCUUAUUCUGUGACAAGAGAAUUAGAUCAGAAACAUGGGGAGUCUGUGGCUACAGCAGUGCCUGGUUACAGUCCCACGUGACCAAUGACCUUGAGCCCCAGAAUCUUCAGGUUUGAGAUAGGUAGGGCCACC